GCCGACAGCUGCGACAGAUUCAGCAGAAUGAUUCUGCAGCCUUAACAGCUGCUGUUCGCGCUGCCGCCACACAUCAGCAACAAUAGCAACAGCUGUUGAGCACCACCACCACACACGUCAACAACAUCAAGGCUACGGCCUCAGCAGCGCCAGGCUGCACGACAGACGCAAUGAAGCAGCUCAGCGAGCGCAUCGAUCAUGUCGUCACUAUCAUCGGCGAACUCAAUGAUUUCACCGGUCCGGCUACGAUCAGCAGCACGGUGGCCGCCAUCAAGACGGACAUCACCAAGCUGCAGUCGCAACCGGCAGCAGCUGCGAAGGUAUGCAAGAUGCCACGGUUCAACAUCGGCAAGUUUGAGGACUACAACAAGACCGACGCUUUGACAUGGUGGCAAGCCUUCCUCACGGAAGCAUCAUGCCACAAAGUCCCAGCCGAAGACAUGAUGAAGGCCAUAUACCUCCAACUCAUUGGAGGGGCACAAGCAUGGAUGAACCACCUCGCAGUCAACAAGAAGACCACUAUCGCCGAACUACACAAACACCUCACGUGGGAGGAGUUUGAACAGCUGUGGUUCACUCGCUUCAUGGUACGCAACGUCGUAAAGGCGGCCAUGAACGAGGCCUGCACAUGCUCACAAGGAAGCAUGCCAACUCGAGACUGGACAAUCAAGUGGCAGAAGAUAAUGACCACGCCAGGCUUCAAUUUGAGCUUUACGAAUCAACGAUCCGAGUUUUUCUCGCGAUCGUGCGCAGGACUGCGAACCGCACUCGGCAACGAGUACGAUUACGCCUCAUUCCAGGCUAUCCUGGAUCGUGCGAACUUGGUCAUCCAAACGGAUGACAAGGCCGCAAACGAACGGCAGUCCCAACCGCACUAUGUGGCUAAGCAGGGCUAUCAACGACCGACACAUAACAAUGCCAUGACUUCUGACGAAACAGUCGAUCUCCACGCUGCAGCAGCAUCCUCGAGUGAUGGAGGAAUUGUAGCAGUGCUCCCGCCGAAGCGUCCCAAGAGAGUUCGGAAGAACAAGGCGACACAAGAGACGGCAUCGACAGGAACUGGGCAGCAGCCAUGGACGGCAUACAAGACAACCAAGGAAAUCUUUGACUUACGUCAACGAAUUCGCGACGCCAUAGCUCAAAAUGACGUCGAGGAGAUGGGCCUUGUAUUCUUGCAUGCUCUCCCCUCGCCGGACGGACCAGCCGCGUCACCGGUGAACCCACGCAUCACUCACGUCUUGGACGAGUAUGGAGACGUCUUCGAGGCUCCCACCGGAACGGUUCCGGAUCGGCCCAUACGUCACGGGAUCACUCUCGAGGCUGGCGUCGUCCCUCCGCGUGGAUGUAUCUACCGCAUGAGCGAAGAGGAACUCGAGGUGCUUUGCGCACAACUCGAUGACCUUCUCGACAAGGGCUGGAUUCGCCCUAGUUGAUCGCCAUACGGUGCCCCUGUUCUCUUUGUCCGGAAGAAGAACAAAGAUUUACGGUUAUG